AUGGCCAACCAGAAGCAACCUCAUUUUGUAUUGAUUCCUUUCAUGGCUCAAGGCCAUAUGAUACCUUCGGUAGACUUAGGCAGGAUGUUGGCACGGCGGGGAGUUAUCAUCACCAUUUUCACCACCCCUGUUAAUGCUAAAAGAUUUGAUUCAGUUCUUGCUCAAGCGGUGGGUACCGGAUUGCCAAUCCAUGUCAUUCAAAUUGAUUUUCCAGCGGCAGAGAAUGGCCUACCAGAAGGGUGCGAGUGUUUUGACAUGCUAACUUCUGUAGAAUCUACUCUGAAGUUCUUUGCAGCUUGUAAAAUGCUACAACCUUCAGUGGAACAAAAGCUCAAAGAGCUGAAACCCUCCCCAAGCUGCAUUCUUGCUGACAUGAACCAUACCUGGGCAAAUCAGGUUGCUGAAAAGUUUGGUAUUCCUCGGCUUAUUUUCCAAGGGUUUUGCUGCCUAACCCUCCUUUGUAAACAUAAUUUGUCAAAAUUCAAGGAGCUGGAUGAUAUCAUUUCUGAUUCAGAGUACUUCACGGUACCUGAUAUGCCUCAUCAAAUCGAGCUGACUAAAGCUCAGACUGCAGGCUUGGAUAGACCAUUGGUACCUCAAUGGAAAGAUCUUCACAAGGAAAUAGAAGAAGCAGAAAAUGGAUCAUUGGGAGUUGUUGUCAAUACCUUUGAGGAGCUAGAGCCGGAUUUCAUAGCGUGGUACAGAAAGGCGACAGGUGAACAGAAUGUCCACCAUAUACGUAGGUGUGGUGCUUGUGCGGCAAAAGAGAUGGUAACGCUGCCUUCUUUUUAUGUGUCUGUCAAGAAGGAUGAUUGGGGGAAGGGGUGA